UCCUCCUAGUCCUAGGCCGUCCAAACUCCAAACCCAAUUUUUACUGUCCUCUCUCUCUCUCUCCCUAUCUCUCCCAACGAGAGCGCAUCGCAAUGGCGCCCCCCUGCGGCGAUGCUGCGGCGGCACCCGAGCUGACCAGCCUGCGCAUCCCCGAUGGAGCCGGGUUACCUCCGCUUCCCAGACGCGGCGGCGGCGGGGGCGGCAAUGCGGCCGAGAGGGAGGAGGAGGGCGAUAAGAGCGCGAGGAAGGAGAAGGCCGGGGCGCAGCGGAUCGCCGGGUGGGGGCUCCGCGAGUACAGCAAGAUAGUUUCUAAAAAAGUUGAGACCAAAGGACGGACUACUUAUAAUGAGGUUGCAGAUGAAAUUUGUGCGGAGCUAAAGUUGACGCUUAAUGGUCAAGAGUUUGAUGAGAAGAAUAUUAAGAGGAGAGUGAAUGAUGCUUUUAAUGUGCUAAUUGCACUACGUGUUAUUGCAAAAGACAAAAAGGAAAUAAAGUGGGUGGGCCUUUCUAAUUUCAGAUAUGAAAAGAUUAAGAAGUUAGAGGAGGCUCACAAAGAACUCAUGACCAGGAUUAAGAACAAGAAGAAACUUCUCCAGGAAAUUGAAAAACAGUUUGAUGACCUCCAGAACAUCAAGUUUCGCAACCAGGUACUACAGAGGCCAGCAGAGAGUGCGAAUGGUAUCUGCCUUCCAUUCUUAUUGGUCAAGGCAUCCAGAAAAGCAAGGGUGGAAAUUGAGAUUUCAGAGGACUCAAAGUUCGCAGGUUUCGAUUUCAACUGUGCACCAUUCACCUUGCAUGAUGAUGUCUCAAUCCUUGAUGGGAUCAGGCGCAAUAGCAUAAGAAGAGCUGGGUAGCUUCGCGUUCUUCAAUAGAUGCUCGCGAAUAUGAUGAUCAGUUGAAAGUGACAAGACUGGGACAACCCGUUUUGUUUGCACAGCCAUUAGUAUGUUUAGGUGUAUAUAUAGUAUGAAACCUUGACCUGAUCUUCAGUACACCAUAUCAAGCGGAUGAAGAUUUAACCUGCAAAUUUUGCCCCCUUUUUUGUGCCUAGCGGGUUAUUAGGUCUGAGAUAGAUUAUUUUCAUAUAUGAUGCUAUGUAUUAACUUUAUAAUUGGUCCAAUUUAAAAGCAUGUGCACAAGCUUGCUUGUUA